CUGAAGCGCGACUGAGGGAAACUUCACUCAAAACCGAGCUAGAAGAACCGGAAAUUGCGACCAGAGGAUUGUGGGAUUGUGGAGGACCUCUGGGCUCCUAUCUUAGAACGUCGAAUGUGUUACAGCGCCAGUACACAGUCUGCCCUAUAGUUCUCAGUAUCGUAGUAUUUGGACGCCACUUCUGGUGGGAAAUUACUUCUGUUGGGCUUUUUGCUCUUAAGACCGUUGCAGCGAGGAAGGUUGGGAGGAGAAAUAAAAUUGGGCAAGUGUCCAGUGACUAACAGUGGAGGACCCAAGGGUCCCGAGCCUCCGAGCCACAGCCUGUUAGGAAUCCGGCUGCAAGCAAAGCUCGCAGGAGCUGCGCCUCCUGUCUCCCACCCCGUGCACCGCGGGUGAGUGAGCGAAGCUCACCUGAGCUCCAUAUCCCGUCCCCCCCGCCCCCCCCCCCCCCCCCCCCGCUCCUUCCCCCGUCGCCCUGUCUUCCGCGAAAUCGGUCCCUGGAGCCAAAAAAUUUGGGGACCGUCUCUUAGGGCAUCUGAGUGAGUCUGAAUCUUUUCUGGGCUCACAUUACAAAGCAAGGUAGUUUUUCAUCAGCAAAAGCGCCCGUGUUUUUCAAAGCGAGAUCCUGGCACCGGCAGCAUCAAACCAUCAGGAUCCAAGGUAAAAAAAAAAAAAUGUCCAUUCCGUCCCAUGACAAACUUAAGGAAUUUGAGUUUGCGGUGAGCGCUGUAGCUCGCCCUGCGCCCGGCCCCUCCCCUCCCCUCCCCUCCCCACCCCUCCGGGCAGUCAGCUGGGAUCUGAGCGCUCUGGAGCCGCCCGCCUCCACCUCCCGAGGCCCCGCCUUCUGCCCAAUAUUGGCGGGAAGGCCCCAGCUGCUAAGCGGCCGAAAGAUGUCCGGGUUGUACGCAGCGGCUGAGGAGACGGCUGGCUCCAGACAGGCACUCCAAGAGAAGGCGAAUGAAUAUAAAGAAAACCAGAAGAUCUCUCAUGUAUCUCUGAGACCGUUACAGGCUACAGUUUUAGAAAAAAUACCUAAGGUGUGUCUUGUCCCCUUUUCACUCAGUGAUUACAAGCCAGGCGAAUUUAAGCUCCCCAAAUCUCUAUUAAAUAAGAACUCUAAGGAUGAAGUGGCAUGUAAGAAAUGCAAGAAGAUUGAAAUACAGAAAACUUUCACAACGGUUUUAAUUCCAAAGACGAAAGGCACCACAUCUUCUAAGGCAGAAUCCACUCUGCAAAAAUCACACUUAGAUGUUCCUGUGGCAAAUAACAAACGACAACGCCUGAGCACUUUGGAUACAGCGGUCCUCGGUGUUGAUAUGGAAGGUAGUCCUGACGGAGACAGUGAUGAAGACACCACAUUAGGCCUGGAUGAUUUUUCAGGAUUGUCACCAUAUGAGAGGAAGAGACUGAAGAACAUAUCAGAAAAUGCGAACUUUUUUGCUUCGCUUCAGUUGUCUGAGUCAGCUGCAAGACUCCGUGAAAUGAUAACGAAGAGACAGCCUCCUGAAUCCAAAAGAAAGAAGCCUAAGAAGAGAGAAAAUGGGACUGGAUGUAGAAGAUCAAUGAGAUUACAAAAUGUGGAUCCUUCAGGAGUUUCAUUACCAGAAACCCCAACCCAGCCAACAGUAGUAGAAGAUGAAAAUCCUUUGUUACCUCCUGGGCCUUUAGAAAUGACUCCUGAAAACCAAGAUGAUAACAAUGAACUAUUUAAAGGAUUUCUACAGACCUGGGCAGAAGCGAGCAAGACAAGUCGUAGUAAGAACACUGAGAAGGAAUUGUCUAGCAUUAAAAGCUACAAAGCCAGUUUAGGUGGCAUGGUCAUUAGUGGAGAUACUGUUUGUAAAGUUACCAAAGGUUCAGUACUGUCUAUGGCUCUUCAUCCAUCAGAAAUUAGAACUUUGGUGGCAGCUGGGGCCAAAUAUGGGCAAGUUGGACUUUGGGAUGUGACUCACCAACCUAAAGAAGAUGGAGUUUAUGUUUUUCAACCCCAUAGUCAGCCGGUUAGUUGUCUUUACUUCUCACCUGCCAAUCCGGCUCACAUACUGUCCCUGAGCUAUGAUGGCACACUACGCUGUGGGGAUUUUUCCAAGGCUGUUUUUGAAGAGGUAUACAGAAACGAGAGAAGUAGCUUUUCCUCCUUUGACUUCUUGGCCGAAGAUGCCUCCUCUUUAAUAGUAGGACACUGGGAUGGAAGUAUGUCAUUAGUGGAUAGAAGGACACCUGGAGCUUCUUAUGAAAAACUUAUCAGUUCUUCUAUGAGAAAAAUAAGAACUGUUCAUGUCCAUCCAGUGCAUAGACAGUAUUUCAUAACUGCAGGAUUGAGUGAUGUUCAUCUUUAUGAUGCUAGGCGCCUGAAUCCCAAGGGAAGCCAGCCUUUGAUUUCUUUGACUGAACACACAAAGAGCAUCGCUUCUGCUUAUUUUUCACCUUUUACUGGUAACAGAGUAGUGACCACAUGUGCUGAUUGUAAGCUGAGAAUCUUUGACAGCAGCUGUAUGUCCUCUCAGAUUCCUCUCCUCACCACCAUCAGGCACAACACCAUUACUGGGCGAUGGCUGACCAGAUUUCAAGCUGUGUGGGACCCUAAACAAGAAGACUGUGUCAUAGUUGGCAGCAUGGCCCAUCCACGACAGGUGGAAAUCUUCCAUGAGACAGGAAAGCGGGUGCAUUCUUUUCUUGAUGGAGAAUGCCUUGCCUCUGUGUGUUCCAUCAAUGCUAUGCACCCAACUCAGUAUAUUUUGGCUGGAGGUAAUUCCAGUGGGAAGAUACAUGUUUUUAUGAGUUAAGAAAGUUGCUGGGUUUUUGGUUUAGCAAUACUAGUUUGUUCAAAUUAAUUAGUGUUUGUUUAGCAAAUAUAAAUUGCUUUAUUAAUAGCUAUACUCAGAAUGCUUUUUUUAUUGAGGGAGAAACCUUGGAGAUUGUUUCCACAGGAUGGGAAGGAAAUAUGAGGGAGGCUAUGAUGCCUUCAGCACUUUAAUCAGACAGUGUGUUGAGAAAUUGUAACAUUAUCAGUUAUAAAGCUUUGAAUGAUAAGAAUUAAAAGCUUUUGUGGUCUGAUAUUGUUUUUAAAAAAUUUAUUGGAGUGACAUUGGUUAAUGAUAACAUCAUGUAUGUUUCAGGCAUAUGUCUUUAUACUACCACAUCUAUAUACUCUGCUGUGUG